UUUCUACUGCAUAACACUGUUGCUAGCGCACACAUCAAAACACUCAACAAUAAACAAAAAACAUUUUUUAAAGAAAAAUGUUAACACAAGCGACAAAUUAACUGCGCGAGAUAAAAUCACGUAUCGCGUGCUACUCGUUUAACCGCACUGAUAACCGCCAAUUCAAGAGUAGAAUGUAAAAAAGGCUUCCGAUAAACUGUAAACUGCAACAAGCGCAAAACGUGCAUCGCCAACGUGCUUUCAGCCCUGGUCUCACUUUCGCGAAUUCUCCCCGGCAUCCCACUUUUCAAUCCUCAAUUCCGCGUAACGUCGGCUGUAAUUUGUACCGGAUUGCAUUCGAUUAUCCGCCUGGGCACGAACAGUAACUCCCCAAAAAUGGAGGCAGCUAUUCUGGAUAUAAUCAACGGGAUCCUGGCCAUGGACACGGAACGAAUCCGUGAGUCCACAGACAAGAUGUUAAAGGCCUAUGAGAAUCCAGAUUCUCUGCUGGUUCUCACCCAGAUCAUAAUGUCGGACAGGCCGGUCCAGGAGCGGCAGGUCGCCGCCGUGCUCCUCAAAAGGCGGGUCAAAAAGUUGCGCCACUGGCAGUUGGUUCCCGCCGAGCACCAAGCAGUAAUUAAAUCGAACAUGCUGCAGGUCCUCAUCGCGGUGAAGGAAAAGACCGUGAAGGGCACGGUGGCCUUUAUAAUUGGAUCGCUGGUGCGCCACGAGGAGGAAAAGCAAAACCCCUGGAGGGAGGAAAUACUGAAGUUUAUUUACGAACGUUGCAGCAGUCCCGAUCCAACAGAAAGCGAGCGGGGCAGCUCAAUCUUUUCCACGCUCAUGGACGCUGCUCCCGAUCAGUUUUCGAACCACACGGAUACUAUCUUCCCGUUGCUUGCCGGCACUCUAGUAACCGCCGAGGCGAAUGGGAACAUGGCCACACCCACCGUGCAUAACAUGCUGGCGGGUAUAUGCUUCCUGUUGCCUUUCGUCAGUGGACAUAGUAAUGCUGAGCAGAUUGUGGUUAAGGCUGUGCCGCUCAUUCUCAAGGCCCUGGGCGCCUUCGCCGAAAAGGGGGACAGUAAUGAGUUCAUGGGUGCCUUUGAUAUCAUGGACAGCAUGGCCGAGUAUGUGCCGCACUUGCUGACCGGCAAUGUGAAGCUAAUUCUAGAGUUUUGUCUGACGAUUGCGAGAAACAAGCAGGUCGACGCUGCGAUUCGGGUUCAGGUGAUUACCUUUGUGGGCAGCCUAAUUCGCCUCAAGAAGAAGAUUAUUAUGAAGCAGAAACUACUCCAGCCCACUCUAUCGGUUAUCUUCGAAGUGAUUUGCCAGGACGUCCUUGACGAUGACGAUGAUUACUUUUCCUCGGAGAGCCUGAAUAGCCCAUCCAAUGCAGCUGCGCAGACACUGGACCUGAUGGCCCUUCACAUGGUGCCGGACAAGUUUAUUCCGCCACUACUGGAAUUGCUGGAGCCUGCGUUGCAGAGCCCGGAACCCGUGCUUCGCCGUUCCUCUUUUAUUUGCAUGGGCGUCAUUGCCGAGGGCUGCUCCGAGGCCAUUGGGAAAAAGUAUCUGCAGGUCAUGCUAAAUAUCAUCAAAGCUGGAGUUUUGGAUUCUGUUAUGUUGGUGCGGACCGCCGCAUUCUUCGCCCUCGGCCAGUUUUCCGAGUUUCUUCAGCCGACGAUCUGCAAGUUUGCUCCUCAAAUUCUUCCCGUGCUGUUUGACUAUCUAAGCCAGCUGGUAAUGGAACUCAAGGCUGGCCAUAACAGCAAUGGGGCAAAUCUCGAUUCCGUUCCUGCCAAAGAUUCCAUAAUGUACUUAGACAUGAUACAGAUCAAACGAAGAUCGGUCCUCGCCAAAUAUAGGAUUGGUACGCCUAAUCCGAAACAUAUGGAUCGUAUGUUCUAUGCCCUGGAGACCUUUUGCGAGAAUCUGGAUGAGGAAAUUGUUCCUUAUUUACCCACACUUAUGGAUCGUCUGUUUGGGGUUAUGGAACCGCAGAACACGAAUCGAAUGCGUGAAAUGGGUUUGUCGGCCAUAGCAGCGGUGUCAACAGCAGCUAAGGAACACCUGAUGCCAUAUUUCCCCAGGAUCAUGACCGUACUACAGGGCUGUCUGGUGAAGGAUUGCCCAAAAGAAAUGUACAGUCUCCGCAUCCAAGCUAUCGACACUCUGGCCGAGCUCUGUCGCGAAGUGGGCAAAGAUAAUAUUAUUCCGCUUGCCGACGAUACAAUGAAUUUCUGUCUGAUGAUGCUAGAAGAUGGUCCGGAUGAUCCCGAGUUCCGCAGGAGUAUAUACAACCUGAUGUCCUCCCUGUCAUCGGUUGUCAACGAGAGCAUGGCCAGUGUGUUCCCCAAGUUCAUUGAUCGCAUAAUGGAAUCUGUGAUUUCUUCGGAGGACAUGGUGCCAAAUGUGUCGGACAAUGCGGAGGAUGAUUUGGCUUUAGAAGAUGCCGCCAAUAUAGAGAUUGAUUUAGAGCACACAGACGACGAAGAUGACCAAGACGCUUACCUGGUGGAGAAUGAUUAUAUCAUUGAAAAGGAGGAGGCCAUUAUGUCACUCAAGGAGUUUGCUACCCAUACGGGCGCCGCCUUUGCGCCCUAUUUGCAGUCUGCAUUCGAGAACGUCUACAAGAUGAUUGAUCAUCCGCAGAGCGACGUUCGUAUGGCGUGCAUUGACUCCAUCUGCGCGUUCAUUACGGCUCUCCACAAGUUGAAUGAUGCCGUCGGCCUGAAGCGCGCCUGCGAGAUUGCCAUUCCAAAGUUUGCACAUAUAAUGCGCACCGACGACCAGGUUGGGGUCGUAAACCACUUGCUUGACGUCCUCUACGAUGUCUUCAAGAACGUGCCGGCGAUUAAUAGCCAAGAGCACGCCGAACUAAUUUUCGCUUGCAUCAGGGACAUUUUCACAAAUGAAAUGGCCUGCCAGUUUAACGAGGAGAGCGGCGGCGGAGAUGAUGAGUAUCCGGAGGAAAGCGAGAACGAAGAGAUGCUGUUCGAGAACGCUGCCAAUCUGUUCCCCAUGUUUGGCUUAACCAUUCAGCCGGAGCUGUUCUCGCUUUAUUUCGGACGCCUUUACCAUUUCUAUAUUCAAAGGCUGGCGAAGGUAAAGGACUUCGAUUUACCAGAAGGGCGGGCGUUCGUCUAUGGCGCACUGGCUGACUGCUGCAGGGCGCUAAAGGGAUGCUGUGCUACUUACUUCGAUGCCCUACGUCCCAUUUUUAUCGCCGGUUCCAAGGAUUCUGAUGGCAAAGCGCGACAGAACUCCUAUUUUGCACUAGGCGAAAUUGUCUUCCAUUCCGAGGAAAAAUCAUUACAGUCUUAUCCGACAAUUUUGCAAGCCCUUUCCGAAGCAAUUGUCAGGGAAUCCGUUCCCGCCGCCAUGGACAACAUUUGCGGAGCAGUUGCUCGGCUCAUAGUUACCGACCUAGAUUCAGUGCCGCUUGGCCAGGUGCUGCCCGUGUGGCUCAACCAUUUGCCACUGAAGGAGGACACCGUGGAGAACGAUGUGAUUCAGAAGGCGUUCCGCGUGCUAUACUUGAAGGCCCGCCCCAGCAUAGAGGCACAUCUUGAGCAAAUCCUGGCCAUCACCAUAGAGUCGAGUUACAAGAAACAGAUGCCUGACGUCGAGACAACACAGAGCGCUGUGGCCCUCAUCAAGGAGAUUAGCGCCAACUACCCGGAACUGUUUAACAAAGUAUCGAACAUGAAUCCAGAAGUGUUCAAUUAUGUGCAAGCCCUGUAAGCCUACAUAUCCGCGUGAAAACCACCAAACAGCUCAGCACAUCUAACGUCCUCCGCCCACAGAUUCAUUUAUUGGAAGUAAUGAAAGAUUUUUAUACGAAUACUUUCGAAAUAGUCUUAAAUUUCAGUUGUGCUUCUGUGGAGUUAAAUCAUUCAAGAUUAGUGAUCUUUAAAAUUGCAAGAUGUAGGUUUCUACGCGCCGAAAAACAGAGGCAAAUGUUUUCUAACUUAUAAACCACAUCCAGUGAGGCAUUAAUAUGCAUUGAACAAUAAAGGGAUUACUUGUUUUUAUUGAA